AUAAUAAAAAAGGAGUCUUGAAAAUUGAAAACGCCCUUUUUCUCCGAGAGUUGUUUGGUAGACUCGAACGCAUACCUUGUUCUUUUCUUGCAUAAUCUGAUACCACAAUCCAUCUGGGGUUAUAUUUCUUUUGAAUUUCUUCCCAUUUCAUUACCCUCUUUCUCACUCUUAUCACUCUCUCACACGGUUUUCCUUGCUUCUUCAUCGCAUUCGCAACCCUUCCAAAUCUCAUUUCUUUCGCAUUUCUAAUAUCCUUGCUUCAAGGCAUUAGAUUUACAUUCUGUCUUGAUGCAUGCUCUACUUAUUUACUACUACAAUUAAUUAGCUUAGAAAUGUAGAACAUGUGAUUUUUAUUUAGGGGUCUAUUUCAAGUUCGAACAAAUUGAAAUAGUACUAAUGUUAAUCCCAUAUUUAACUAUUUUCAGUGAUUGAAUGAAACCACUGAUACAAAUUUUGGGUCUUGGCAUGUCAAAAAUGGGAUUCGUUGCCUACAAAUCCUUAUUCUGUUGGUUCUUGUUGACAUCGUCAUUGUUCAUAUUAUCUUGGUUGUCAGUGCUGAGAUCAACUGGGUACUCUCAUUCUGUUGCAUUUAGUAUAAUGCCAAACUCUAGGCUGCUGCGAUUCUCUGAAAGUUCGAAUCUUGAUGAAUCAAUGGGUAAGAGAGCAAACUGGGAUAAUAAUUGUGGUGCUAAUGUGCCAAUGCUUAGGGUUUUCAUGUAUGAUUUGCCAUCAGAGUUUCAUUUUGAUCUAUUAGGUUGGAAGGGUGUUGGGGAGAAUGAUGUGUGGCCUGACAUCCGGGUUAAGAUUCCCGACUACCCCGGUGGGUUGAAUCUGCAGCAUAGCAUAGAAUACUGGUUGGCUUUGGAUCUCUUGAGCUCUGAAUUUGCAGAGAAUUCUACAGGUCGUAGUGCUGUGCGAGUGCAUAAUUCUAGCGAGGCAGAUGUUGUGUUUGUGCCCUUUUUCUCGUCUUUAUGCUAUAACCGGUUCUCAAAGUUGAGGCCAGGCCAGAACAGGAGCACGAAUGUUGUAUUGCAGGAGAAGUUGGUUAAGUUCUUGACAGCUCAGGAUGAAUGGAAGAGGUCUGGUGGGAAAGAUCACAUAAUUGUUGCUCACCAUCCGAAUAGUUUGUUAGAUGCGAGGAUGAAGCUGUGGCCUGCAAUAUUCAUUUUAUCAGAUUUCGGGAGGUAUCCUCCAACCAUUGCUAAUGUUGAGAAAGACGUGAUUGCGCCUUACAGGCACGUUACUGAGAGCUACGUGGAUGACUCGUCUGGUUUUGAUACUCGUCCCACCUUGCUCUAUUUUCAGGGUGCUAUCUACAGAAAAGAUGGUGGAAUAAUUCGGCAGGAGUUAUACUACAUGCUGAAAAAUGAAUCAGAUGUGCAUUUCUCUUUUGGAACUUACCAAAAGGACGGUGCUAGGCAGACUUCAAACGGCAUGCGCUCAUCCAAGUUCUGCCUCAACAUAGCCGGUGACACGCCUUCAUCAAAUCGCCUCUUUGAUGCUAUAGCUAGCCACUGUGUGCCCGUCAUCAUCAGCGAUGAGAUCGAGCUUCCCAACGAAGACGUUCUAGACUACUCUGAGUUCUGCGUAUUCGUCAGUACCUCGGAUGCUCUUAAACAGGGCUUUCUCUUGAAUCUUACCAGGAAUAUUGGCAAAGAGGAGUGGACUAGGAUGUGGAAGAGGCUGCGAGAAAUUGAACACAUGUAUGAGUACGAGUAUCCGUCCAAAGAGAACGAUGCUGUUCAGAUGAUAUGGCAGGCUGUUUCCCGCAAGGUUUCUGGCAUCAGAUGGAGGAUUCACCGCAACAGGCGAUUCUCUCGAACGAGCGCCUAUAAAGGAAGAGCUGUUAGUUCUGGUUCCGUGCCCAGGAAUUUUGGUUGAUCGAUCCCGCUGUUAUGAAAACUAUGUAAGCUUGACUGGUUUGAACAAACAGAAACGGAGGAAGGAAGCCAGUGGCCGGAGAAAUCGACGCUCUGCUUUGCUGCAAGCUUAUUUGUAGUUGAUUAUUUGUUCGUUGUUUCAACCUUUAGUUCGAACUUGUUUUUUCUCCUUUAGUUUUGUACUACUUCCAGCUGGGGUCAAGAUUUGUUCAGAAAUACCAAGAUAAAAAAUAGAAAUUCAAGAAUUGCUUGGUAAA